AUGCAUUCAAAGGCAUCCUUCUCCAUGGCUAUCUUAAGAACUUUGUCUUUUGGUUUUCUUUUGUUGGUGGGUUUAGGCUUAGCUUCGGCUACCAGAGCUCUUCUUUCCUAUGAUAUUCCUCCACAUCGAUCUGGAUAUGAUAAUUAUGAUCAUCCUGUGCAUAACCCAAAAGUAGGAUACGAACGUGAUCAUCAUGAUGGACCUUAUGGUGGUGGUGCUGGUGGAGGAUAUGGAGGCGGAGCUGGCUCAUCUCUUGGAGGCUCUGGAUAUGGAAGUGGUGGAGGUGGUGGUUCUGGAUAUGCAGGUGCAGGAGAUCAUGGGGUUGGUUACGGUAGUGGUGGAGGAGGUGGAUAUGGAGCAGGAGUUGGCUCUGACCUUGGUGGUAGUGGAUAUGGAAGCGGUGGCGGCGGAGGGAGUGGCGGAGGAUAUGGUGAUUUAGGAGGACAUGGAAAAGGCUAUGGCAGCGGCGGUGGUGGAGGAAGUGGAUAUGGAGGUAGAGGAGACCAUGGAGUCGGUUAUGGUAGUGGUGGAGGUGGAGGAUAUGGAAGUGGAGGUGGUGCAGGAUAUGGUCCAGGAGUAGAGCAUGGUGUAGGUUAUGGAAGUGGAGGAGGAGGUGGGUCUGGUAGUGGUUACGGUGGUUCCAAAGGAUAUGGAGGUGGAAGCGGUGGCGGUGGUGGAGCAGGUUAUGGUGGUGGAGCACAUGGAAGUGGUGGUGGAGCUGGAAGUGGCUACGGUGGCAGUGGCGAAGAAGGAGGAUAUGAUGGUGGAUAUGCACCUUGAACAAAGAAAAAAAAAAUCACCUUGAAGCUUAUCCCUAAAAUGGGAAUCCUUACCUCAUAUCAAUGUGUGUUAACAAAAAUAAAUGAAUUUGGGUAAGAAUGUUAUAUUUCUCUUUAAAUUUCAAUAGCUUCAGUGAAUGUGAUAUAUAAAAACUAGCUAUUCCAUGCAUUCCAAAGUGAACAAGCAUG